UGCGGAAGAAUUACAAUGCUAUGCAAACCGUUCUUUAUAUGUGUAUGUUUAUUAGACAUUUCUUUAGCAGUAAACCACUUUAUGCCGUAAUUGUCAUUGAAAAAAUAGUUGAAAGAUGUUUCCCGCUGUUGGUUGAGCUUGUUAAACAGCGUAAUAUGCCAGCUAUGGUGUAAGCCUGAAUGCUGUUGUUAAAUGGGUUAAUUGAACGACUAAAACGACCUUAUCAGAUGAAAUGAAAAUGGAAGAGGAUGCAAAUGGCCUUUGGCGCUACAUCUCAGAACAUGAAGGCUUCUAUGGAACCAUCAAGAACUACACCAAAGACUUUAUAGUUACAGAGAUCGACAUCCAUGGACAGAUGGUCACUAAUCCCAGUACGUCUGAUGGUCAGUCAUCUAACGUUACUGAGGCAUGCCCCAGUGUCAACAAGUCUGAUAGCGGGAAGAUUGUAAACCCAAAAUGUAGCCUUAAACCAGAGGAAUAUACUCCGGAUCGUAGGGAUACAGAACCUUGUCAGAAUGGGGACUCUUUUGACUUAAGCUUGAUACUGGGUCAGGAUGUCAAUGAAGAAAUUGAGCGAUUCACUGUCAAGCUGAGAGAAACAUCAUGGAAUCCCAGUGACAGCUGUGGGGAGAAGUUGGCCUAUGAAGAGUUGUCUCUGGGUUCUUUCCCAGACAAACACCAAAGAGCCAAUGUCCACCGUGCUGUCCGACACAACUUUCCCUUCCUGUUGACGGUUACCAACCAGUCAGAGAUCAGGGUGAGGGAGGACCCUGACUUUAAGCACCUUUCAGGUUUGGUCUCAGAGGAAGAGGCUGAAGACUUUUUCAGGUUCAUAGACGCCAAGAUUCCCAACUCUGUGUACACCUUCAAGAGUGAUGACCAAAAGGUGCACAGGACAGCCGUUCAUCACUUCCUCAGUAAGAGGUUUGGGAAACUGGUGGAGACCAAGAGCUUCAGUGACCAAGAAAACAAGACCGCAAUAACGGUGAGGUUGAGAGAAAAACCAAAGAAGAGGACCGCUGAUGAGUGUAGCAAAGAGGUUUAUACAGCGUUCAUCCUGAAGAAGGAGAAUCUGGAGACUCUGGAGGCUAUCAGCUACUUGGCUGCCAUCCUGGGGGUCCUGCCCUCUGACUUUACCUACGCUGGCAUCAAGGACAAGAGAGCCAUCACCUACCAGUCCAUGGUGGUCAAGAAGAUAACACCACAACAGCUGAAGGAGAAGGCCGGUGAGUUUGAGAAGAGAGGCAUGGUCCUCUCCUCGUUUCGCUCCGUCUCCGAACCCCUCCAUCUGGGCAGACUCCAGGGGAACCACUUUGACCUGCUGGUUCGGGACCUGAGACCGCACGGCCAGGAUCGGACCGGCUUGGACUCACUGGUGGAGGAAGCAGUGGAGAAUGUUAAGGUCAGGGGGUUUGUGAAUUACUAUGGACCGCAAAGGUUCGGGACUGGACAGAGUGUUCAGUCGGACUGUGUUGGACUCGCCCUGCUCCGAGAGGACAUGGUGACAGCGAUUCGACUGUUCCUCACGCCGGAGGAGGGCGAUGGCCCUCAGAGUGUUGCCAAGAGGCACUUCAUCCAGACAGGUAACGCCAAGGAGGCCCUGGCAUUGAUGCCCGCGUCCAAGGCCAGGGAGAGACUGAUGCUGAGAGCCCUCCACCGAUACGGCACAGGCCCAGACGGCUGCACCCGAGCCUGGCUCAGCCUUCCCCACGGCAUGAGGGUUUUCUACCUGCAUGCAUACUGCAGUCGGGUCUGGAAUGAGGCAGUUACACACCGACUGACCACGCUGGGCCACAAGGUCCGGCAGGGAGACCUGGUCCGGGGGAAGAACGGAGGACGAGCAGAGGCAGGGGAACCCAGCCCACCUCAGAUUCACGCUGUUACAGCCGCAGAAGAGGAGGAGGGAGCCUUCUCAUUAGCGGAGGUGGUUCUUCCCAUACCCGGGAACAGCGUGAAGUACCCAGAGAACGCUGUGGGAACAUGGUACCAGGAGAGACUGACCCGGGACGGGCUGCAGAGCUGUCGUUUCAGAGUCUCUUCUCUCAAACUGAACCUCCCUGGCUGCUACCGCCCCCUCCUGGCACUCCCCCGGAACCUGAGCUACAGACUAGAGAGGCAGGGGGGUGGGGGGAGUCACCAAGAGACCAACAGUAAGUCACCACUUGGAAAUCUGGAUGCAGACACACCCAACAUGUUGUUGAACUUUGACCUGGAUACUUCCUGCUACGCCACUGUUUGCCUUAAAGAGGUCAUGAAAUGUGACCCGUAGCCUAGAGAUUAUAGUUAUAGGUGCUUUAAUGUUCUAAAGUGUGUCAUUAAAAAUGUCUGCUUAUAAA